AUGCUGCCCGUGCUGCUGCGCACCUUUGCGCCCCUGCCGCCCACCCUCGCCCUCUCGCUGCCGGCGAGCACGCCCCUCUCUGCCCUGCUCCACUUUCUCGCCUCCGCACUGCGCCUCACGCCCCGCACGGCGCCCCUGCUGCGUCUCACGGGCCCGCACGGGCGCGUCCUCUCGCACGCCACCACGCUCGCCGCACUGCACGCCGCCUACGCCGCGCAGCCGCGCAGCAGCAGCAGCAAGGCCCUGCCGCCGCUCAGCCUCGAAGUACGCCUGGCGACGCGCGGCGGCAAGGGUGGCUUCGGCAGCAUGCUGCGUGCGCAGGGCGGAAAGAUGAGCGCAAAGGGCAAGGACGAGAACACGGGCAGCUGUCGCGACCUCAAUGGCCGGCGGCUCAGCACCAUGAAGCAGGCCAAGCAGCUGGCAGAGUACCUGGCCGCCGCUCCCGCGCGCGAAGCGGCGCUCUCAGAGGCACAGGCCAAGAAGUACGCCAAGCUGGAGAAGAUGCUCGGCCGGCGUCCCAAGGGCGAAAGCGACUUUGUAGAGGCGGCUCGCCGACUGGAAGAGCAGGGAGAGGGAUUCGAGGAGGAGGCGGAGGGCAGUGGAGGCAGUGGCAACGAGGAGAAGGCAGAGGGAAGCUCCAGAACGCCCGUCGCGGCCGCCGCUGGCGUCAAGCGAGGCGCGCCCACGGAGCAAGAGACGGGCAAGCGCCUCAAGCUCGACGACCAUGAGUACGUCGAGCAGAGCCGCGAACUUGUGCAGGGCGUCCGCAGUGCCGUGGCUGCUGCCAUGCUCAAGAAGAAGAAGAAGAGCGCGGCUCUCGCAAAGGGAAACAAGGGCAAGAGCAAAGCCGAGGGCGCAACGGCCCCACCUGCCGAGGCCGAUGCUGCUGCUGCUGCGCCCGCAUAG